GUUCAUGAAACGAUUAGUCCUGUUAGAUGCGAAAUGAUUUUGCUUUAUGCUGUGUUUCUGAUGUGCUUUGUAAUAAUUAAGACUGAUCGUAGACAACCAUUCACCUUAUGGCGAGCGGCAGAUCUUCAGGCGUCUUCAACAGAUCCGAAGAAAUCACAUCCUAAUCCAAAUCAAAAUAUACGAAGAAAACCACGCUCAGUAACUCGGUGUAUCAGCCCUCAAACUAAUUUUUUUGAAAGUAAAAAGAUCCGAAAUGGAACUCUGCUUUUCAACUGCAAACCGCCGACUCCUUACUGUAACUUCGAAAGGAAUUUAUGCGUCAGUAGUAUUCUGACGAAAUUCAAAUGUGAUGAUGUUUCAGACGGGCAUUAUCCACACAUCGCCGAUUGCAGAGGAUCUAUGAUCUGCAGAGGAGGAAACAAUAUCGAUCAGCCUUGUUCCGACGAUACGUCUUAUGAUUACAAAACAAAAAAAUGUAUAGGAGGGAAAAGAAUAUGUGUAAUACCAAACUGCGUUAAUAAAAGCGAGACAUAUGUAAGACAUCCUGCCGAGCGAAAUUUAUUUGUAUUAUGCAUCGCUGGAAUACCUUCAUCAUUGUACAUCUGCCCUCCCGGAUACUUGUUUUCUCCUAACAAAACCCAACCCUGCGAAUUCAUAUGCUUCCAGGCUGGCUUAUUUCCUGAUGUCUAUGAUGAAACAAAGUAUAAUCGAUGUUCUCGUACUGCAUAUGGUUUAAUAAGAACAUCGGUUUUUUUGGGAUCCAAUAACACUGACUACUAGACGUUACAGAGCCUCUUAAGAUAAAAAGCAUGGUGUUUACCAAUGCUUUAUGACAUAUAGUAAGACUAUUGGUUUUGAAAGAAGAAAUCAAUUUUACUAGUGCUGAGAUAAUGAUGAGAAGAAACAGGCUUUUCAUGAUGAUUAGCAAAAUAUGUAUAUAGACAUGUGAUUAUUUUAUGUAAAAUACAAAGAAAUGUUUUGUUUUACAAAUUUGAAAAUUGUGAAAAUCAAAUUAAAAACCUGAAAAUAAACUAAAAGUAUAUCUUUAUAAUUUGUUAAAUGUAAGUUUUAAUAAUUAAAAGAGAAAAAAAUGAAUUUAACUUGAAGUAAUGCUUGUUUUUAU